UGUUAAGCCCGUAUAUAAUUUAUUGUAUUUAGUUAACGGGCUAAGUUUAGGCCCUUGGCUUAGGUUGUAUAUAUAUAUACCGAAUUAACAAUCAAUACAAACUAAGAAUACACAUUCUUGACAUGGUAUCAGGCCUAACUUAAAACAAACCCUAAACACAGAAUUUUGAUUUCCUCUCCACGAUUGUUCACGGAACAGAGCAUCCAUGGAAGACAGGAAACUCGAUCCUUCAUCUCCUUUCUAUCUUGGUGCUGAAGAUCAACCGGGAAAUUUGAUCACUCACGUGGUCUUGAAAGGCGACAAUUACCUGGCUUGGUCGAGGGCAAUUAUGUUGUCUCUUCGAUCUCGUCGAAAAUUUGGGUUCGUCGAUGGAACAAUCACGAACCCAACUGACAAGAAGAUAGAAAUUAUUGGAUUGGGAAACAACCCAUUCAAUGCUCGUUUCAUGGAUAUUGCGCUCUAUGGAACCUAAACUCGCGACAUCACUGCUCUUCUUUGAUGAGGCUCAACGCCUUUAGGCUUAUUUAGAACAGAGGUAUUUUGUCUCUAAUGGACCAAGGUUGCAGCAACUUAGGUCGAAGAUUACUGAUUGUCGGCAAACUGAAAAUAUGUCGAUUAAAGAUUAUUAUACAACACUCAUGUGCUUGUUUGAUGAUCUGACCAGAAUUAAACCUCUUCGUGGCAGCGAAUGCGGGAAGUGCUCGUGUGAUGUUGCGGGUAAACUUGCAGCAGACAGGGAGGAGGAGAUACUCCAUCAAUUUUUAUGUGGAAUUGAUGACUCUAAGUAUGCUGUGGUGCGAACGAACUUGUUAUCACAGCAGCCUCCGGUUGAUCUAAGCCGCGCAUAUCAAGCUCUCCUCCAGGAGGAGGAAUCGCGCGGAUUUGUUAAGGGGAGGGUUGAUAGGGAACAAGUGAAGGAUGCUCACGCGUUUGCCGUUUCUGCAAUUCGCUCGAAGGGAAUCUCGGAUCGGCGGGAUAAAUCAAAACUAUUUUGCUCACAUUGCAAGAAAACAGGACAUGACAACGAGGGGUGUUUUGUUCUUCAUGGUUAUCCUGAGUGGUGGUACGAGUUGAAGCGCAAGAAGGAGGGAACUACCGGAGGUAAUUCUGCUCGUGCUAAAGCUACUGCCUCUGAUGGUGGUUCGGGGAAGCCUGCGGCUGUUCGCGCCAAUGUAGUGACAGGGGCAGCCUCCGAAGGUGGGGACAAUGUGUCCUUGAGUGACCUCAAAACCGAAGAUAUCCGGGUUUUGAUGAAUAUGGCUACUCUUCAACAGGAGCGAAUGCAAGGACCAACGUUCGGGGAGCCUGAUUGGAGCCGGUGAACGAAAGGAGGGACUCUACUAUUUUCGGCGAAUUCCUACAGUAUUUACGGUUCAAGCUACUUCGGUGUCAGAUUUUGAGCUGUGGCAUAAAAGACUUGGACAUCCGUCGGAUAGAGUGGUUAAGUUGAUUCCUCCUCUUCGUAGUAGUUCUACUAAGAAAAGUUUGAAUAAAGCUUGUUGAUGUGUCUAUUUUAUAUAGUAUUUUACCCCCGUCCCUUGGUCAUAAUUAGUAGUGUUUUUGGCUCUUUAGA